AUGGUAUGCUUGCAGUUUCUUCAGGAAUUGGAUGACGUGCCAUUCCUCAGCACCUCUUAUAAUGGUGAAUGCGAUCCACCUCAAGCAAAGCGCCAACGAUACGAGGACGACCUGCCUUCCUCUGGACUGAGUGACAAGUUUCCAUCCGGUUCAACUCCCACAAAACAUGGCAAUACCGUUGGGAUCACUGCGUCAGAAAAUGAGGUACCGGGUCUUUCUCCCGUUAUUCUGAAACCAAAUCUUAGAAGGGAUUCUAUGCCACCGACUAAUGCUGAGAAAUCGAGUGCACCUUUUUUUUCAAGAGCAAAGACUACGUUCACGAAUCGUCAGUCUGUGCAUGCUGACGUCUUCAUGCCGCCCAACCUUUCUAGGUACCCACUGAAUGUCGGAAAGGCGUUCGAUAGUCACGUGAAAAGAAUGAAAGCGGAAUACGAUGAAGACCCUUACAUCAGAACCUCUACAAGUGGGAUAGGAAAGUCUCCAUUCACACGACCGAUCAAAAAGACCACAUUGGAAACUUCAAUCGAUGCAUGCACAGACGACCCCUUUUACAUGUGUUCUGUCAAGAAAGAGGCUGGUGAGUGCGAUGGCCGAAACGGUGCUCGCAUUUCGUCUGCAGACAACUUUUUCCGAGCAACCUUUUCUUCCUUGAACGAUCCAGUCUCUCGUCGUCUUGCUCCUUUUGAUCUGAGGAAUUCCAGAACCAAGUGGAAGUUAGUUCCUGUUUCCGACGAGGAACUCAACCGUUCUAACCAAUCUGCUUCUGUGAUUGAUCCAAGGCGGAAAACAGAAUCUGGAGAGAAGAAAACGAUUCCAACAACAGCCGCGAACGACGAUGGGAAUGAAGUUGGCGGUAGAUGCGUCCGGGCAACAUGCUUUCGCAGAUGCAUUACAGAACGGUCAUCAUCGAAUGUCCGACCUCGAUUAGCUCUACGAGGCAACUGUCGCAGAACUUCAUAUGAACCCAAAUUGCUGAGUGCUGACGAGCAGUUUUUGUGGAACAAGCAAAAGGAGCUACAACCACUCGAACUUGAGAUGAUACAUGCUCACGUUAUUCCCAGGUGGGGUUCGGCCAAUCCAAAACGAUCCAAGUUCCCUUUUGACAAGACGGAGGGAAUGUUCUGGCCUAUCGUGCAACCAUAUGAUGCCAUCGAUAUUGAAGACGUACACGAUGUUGCGACGGCUGAUACGAAAAAUCAGUUGGUUUGUCUGACAGAGCUAACAUUUGCUGCGAGGCGACAGCUACUUUGCGGGCGGAACGAUCGUUUUCAUUUCAAACGUUAUAUGCGAGCAAUCGAAACAGACGAGUCGAAAUGGCAACAAGGACGUUUUCAACAUCGAGUUGGAUAUAUGCGUGUUUUCAUGACCCAGUCCUUGGAUGACGCCCGUUUGAAAGACCAAGAACAGCAGCGAAGGGAGGCCGCGUGGAUGGGACGACUUGUUGAUGUGGAGACGAUGAGAAUCAAGACGGAAAGCAACCCUCUCGAAUUCCAAAAAGCAAAUCAACCGAACUCCUUGUCAAUGUCCGAACACAUCGAUUUUAACCUGUGUGAUUUGUAUUCGAAGAAACGCGAAAAAUCCUACCGCGAUCAGAGCAUUCCUAUUCAUUUGAGGAAGGGCACUCGCAGCUCCUUGAAGGUACCAAGAGAUUGGUUGGAAGCAAAAAUUGAGUACUAUAUGCCGACUUCUCAACGUAAAGAUUAUCUUUGCUCAUACAUCAACUAUUGCAAUAAGUUGACUGUUCAAAACGUGCCGAAAGCAAAGGUAGGCCCGAAGUCCCUUCCUCUAUACUGA